UGGAGACUGGAGAAGCAACAAAGCCACCGGAGACUUUCUUCAGUUUGUAGCUUGGCUUCUCUGCUUACUUCUCAAGCCCCCAAUUGACUCCAGUCUCCCUCUUCUUCCUCUUCCUCUCCCCUCCGUUACCUGUUUCUCCUUGAUACAGACAGGGAGAGGAGAGGGAGAUGGCGAACAUCUACGGUGGCUGGGAAAGGGAUCGUGUCGCAGCGGAACACCGGCCGUCAAGCCCAGAUGAGGAAUCUGGUCUGCAAGAACCUAAUUCAGGGACGAUAGACUCCAAGAAAAGCAGCAGUGCCGCCACCAGCCUCAUGGCCUCUUCCGGCAGCGAUGGUACAAACAGUGUAUUGAAACAGGGGUGUUUCCUAGAAGGCCAAAUACUGGAGGCACCGAACAUCCGGAAGUUCACAUUCCCUGAGAUUCGGACAGUUACCAGGAACUUCAAGCCAGAUUAUCUCCUUGGGGUGGGGGCUUUUGGGUCGGUGUACAAAGCAUGGGUCGAUGAGAAGACGAUGAACCCGACAACGAGUGGCACCGGCAUGGCUGUUGCUGUCAUGCAGGGAAAAGAGGAAUGGCAGAAAUUUCUGGUUGUCAACUUGCAAUCGGACAUAAACCUUUUGGGAAAGUUCUCUCACCCAAACCUUGUCAAGCUACUGGGCUACUGCUGGGAGGGCAAGGAACUAUUCCUUGUGCACGACUUCAUGGCCCAAGGGAGCUUAAAAGACCAUCUAUUCGCAUUUUCAGGAAGACGUCCUCCACUAUCAUGGGAACUGAGGCUGAAGAUUGCCAUCGGCGCAGCUCGAGGACUUGCCUUCUUGCAUGCAUCAGAGAAGCAAGCCAUGUACCGUGACUUCAAGGCUUCCAAGAUUCUUCUAGAUGCACACUAUAACGCAAAGCUCUCUGAUUUUGGGCUUGCUAAGCUUGGGUCAACUGGCAACUCACGUAUGACUGUCAUGCCCACGCGCAACCACGGGUAUGCAGCUCCGGAAUAUGUCAUAAGUGGCCUUUUAUAUGCGCAAAGUGACGUUUACGGUUUCGGGAUUAUGAUGCUGGAGAUCCUGUCCGGUAAGCGAGCUAGGGAUCCCAACCGUCCCAAGGGGCAAACGAACAUCAUUGACUGGGCAAAGCCCUUGGCCGACGGUAGAAAGCAUGCUCAUCUUAUGGACCGCCGGCUGGAGGGCCAAUACAACUCCAAACAAGCCCUGCAGGUAGUGCAUGUGGCGCUGAGCUGCCUUGCCGGGGAGCCUGGGAGCAGGCCCUCAAUGGAGGUGGUUCUCGAGGUGCUUGAGCAGAUCUAGGCAACGAAGAGCUACAGAAAUCUUGGUCUCAGAUGUUGCUUUUGUGUACAUUUGUAAGCAUGUUGAAUGAGUUUCUGUUGGGAUGGCCACACAGAAAUGAUCAAUUCCUCGCUACUAAUUCUAUGCUUGUCGGUUCCUGCA